GGGUGGCAAGGCUGUGUUUUAGGCUGGAACUUGCCACCCCUGUAGAUCCACCCCUGACGGGCUGUCAAAUAUGUUUUUUAACUUAAAUUAUUGCCGGAUCUCUCUCCUGACUUUCAGUCUAUUGUCUUUGUGGUUGCUCAUUAAUCGGGGAGCUGUAACAUGACCACAGAUUGUCAGAUUAUCAAGGCUUACACAGUUUAUGACCUAGAAGACAGCAGUAAGACAUGAUAUAAUUUAAGCUUUCCACCUUAAGUGUGAUGUCACGAGAAGAUGAGCACCAUGGGGAUAUGGUCUAGUACCAUGUUACAUCAUCAGGAGUACAUAUUGGCAGACAUUUUUCUUAGUGCUAAUACCAGUGAUUAGUUUUUAAAGCUUUUAUUUGCAGAUGCCAUUUGUUGAUUUUCAACUCGUCCCCAGUUGAGCUUCAUAUGUGCAGUGUACUCAAAUCUGUGAUUUGUUCUGCAAGACGGACACAUGCUCUACCUCUUUAUCCUGAUACCAGCCUGGAACCACAAGCAGAUUUCAUUCAGAAGUUAGUUUCAGAGGUGGAGGAUGGAGCAAACCCUUCUGAAGAAGAGCAGAAAGAAGUGAACAACCUGCUCCCUCUGCUGAUGCAGCACAACGGAGCAAGAGACUCCUGGACUAAAGGCGCUAAAGAUUUAGCAACACAAGAGAAGUUUGCAAACAUGGUGGAGAACCUCAGGGAAGCAGUUUUUAAGCUGGAGGCAGCUGACAAGCUCCGCUCUCAGGGUUUUCUCAGAUCGGAGCAGAACCUGCCGAGAACAAACAAAAGAGCAUGUUUCUGGAAAUACUGCGUCACCAACUGAAGUCCAGCAGCAGGAGGUAUGGUGUGAUUUCUGUGCAGACUAAUUGGGACCACCAUUGUUCUCCAUUGGCACUUUUGUUUACCACCAAACAAUAAAUACACCAUCUGUACUGGAUCAACAGAAAAUAUAUUUUUGAAGCUGCAAAAUUGUCUUUUUGUCCCUGAAAAUAAAGUUGAAUAUCAGAAAUGC